AUGAUUUACGAACUCCGCAUUUAUACCACGGUCCCUGGCCGCUUGCCAAACCUGCUCGCCAGAUUCGAGAACCACACACUCAAGAUCUGGGAGAAACACGGGAUCAGGCAAUUGGGGUUCUGGACGACGCUGGUAGGCCCCGAUUCCAACGACCUGACCUACAUGCUGGCAUGGGAGUCUCUGGCCGAACGCGAGCAGAAAUGGAACGCCUUCCUCAAUGAUCCAGAGUGGAUCAAAGCGAGGAUCGAGAGCGAAAAGGAUGGGGCCAUCAGCGCGAAGAUGUCGAACAGCUUUCUGGUGCCGACGAAGUUCUCUGCCAGUCAGUGA